UUCUUGCAAAUCACCCAAUAUUUCACUAGCAUUAAUACUACUUUUUUUCACUUCUUCAAGCAGUCCAUUUUCAUCAUGGCUUCCUCUUCCGCAGCGACUAAGUUCUUUUGUUUGUUCGUUAUCAUGGGCCUUUUGGCAACCCCAAGUUAUGCCGGUGUCGAGUACUUGGUGUGUGGCACUCUUGGGUGGGUCCCAAUCGUUGGCCCCCUCCUCAGCCCUAUCCUUUGCCAAAUCUCCCAGGUCCUUAAAGUUGGAGACACCCUUCUUUUCAAUGGCCCUCUCGGCACAGUGCUUCCAGUGUACGAGGUAACUGCAUCUGCCUUUGCCAACUGCGACAUCGGCAACCUCCUCCCUCGCGGUACUGUUGGUCUUCCGGUUUCCAUUCCUUUGGUGGCUCCGGGCACCCGCUUCUUCAUUGCCGACCCGAUUAACUGCCUUCUCGGAUUCAAGACCAACGUCACCAUCGCAUCUGCCUAAGAGAUACAUUCCCAAUUAAAGCGGAGUUCGAUGAAUGAUCCAUUUCUUGAUGAUGAAGAACCCCGUCUAGUUAAUUAAUUAGCAUAUAGUACGUUGUUCCUUAAUUUGACGGUCACGUCGUGCAUGAAUAAAUAUGGAUGUUUCUAUCCAAGUACUAUACCCAUCAUGAUUUGCAUGCAUGCAUGUAUCCAUUCGUUUUAUGUGUUUUCUUUUUCUCUUUCCCUUUUCUUCCCUUUGUUUUG